CACCAGAGAGUCACAUGGGCCAGCUGGUUACAUGACUUCACCACCACCAGAUUAACAACAAUACAUUCAUCACCCAAGCCGCAGGAUGCCACUGGAGGCUUGGUAUAUGGACAGCUCUGAUGAAGAUCAGAGACUGCCACACAAACUCAGCCCAAACCAGCCCGUCUCUUUGGACGAAUUAAAGAAGAUCGGCGUGUUGCACUGGAAGUUGAAUGCUGACAUGUAUGAAAAUGACCCGGAGUUGGAAAAGAUUCGCAAGGAUCAAGGCUACUCCUUCAGUGACGUCAUCACCAUUCAGAAGGAAACACUGCCCAAUUAUGAAGAAAAGCUGAAGAUGUUCUUCGAGGAGCACCUCCACUUGGACGACGAGAUCCGCUACAUCCUGGAUGGCCAGGCCUACUUUGACGUCAGGAGCGUGUGCAACCGAUGGAUCCGGAUCGCCAUGGGGAAAGGCGACCUGAUCACGCUGCCUGCGGGAAUCUACCACCGCUUCACCCUGGAUCAGACCAACUACACGAAAGCCAUGCGGCUGUUUGUGGGCGAACCCGUUUGGAAAGCUUACAACCGGCCUGCAGACGACUUUGAGAGACGUCAGCAGUACGUUGCUUCACUACAGUGUUCCUGAAACAUGGGAGAGAGACACACACACUAAUGUGGAUGUAAAAUCAGUAUUUACACAAAUCAAAUGCAUAGUCUAGUUUAGUGCCUUGAUUGUUAUGAAAUGUUUUGGUCAUUAACACUAGUUUUGAAAAUCUUCUGUUUUGUUCACAUGAAUAUAAAAAUGCUGCUAA